AUGACGUCAUUGCUGCCAGCCUGUGGUCAGCUGGUCCGCGGCCGUCCGCCGACCUUUGACAUGCCAACCGACUACACGAUCAUCUCGGCAGUGGAAGGAGAAUCCGUGGCGAUGUCGUGCGUCGCGACGUCGGCCGAGUCGUUUGAAUGGCGGAUCGCCGACGCGACCGGCAACUUGCUGCAGUCGACUUCAGACUCUCAAACUGAGAUCUCCGCUGUUCGCAACGACUCUAACGUCUACCGCUGCGUUGCCAGAAACGGCGUCGCCACUUCUAUAUCUCCGGCGACUCGGCUUCUUGUUAAGUGUAAGUUAAUUUUAAAAAACUUCGUGCGAUGAACUGGUUCAAAUUUAUUAUUUGAUUCUUCUGUUUCUCCCCGCGAGAAUCAUGGGGGAAAUGAAGAAAUCAUUUAAUGUAAACCUCGCAAUUCAUUAUGCUUUGCGCUCUGCAGCUUCUAUUGACAUUUGGGUAAACGCAAAGUUGGAUUUGAAAGAAAUUCAAGAGGAUUAUUGUGUGUGUGCAAUGUGAUCGCGAGGAAAGUCGCUGAAAGGAGAAAAGACGCACUCCGACACUCCAGAACUGACCGUUUCAGUGGGCUACUCGGAAAAGUGCACGUUUCUACGUUUGCCAAUAAGUUGUAUGGAUACUAAUGUUUAUGUUUGUUCGGCUUCGGAAAGAAUGUAAACAAACUGAAGAAAAGAACGGAUUGGUUUUCUUUUCAGCUAUUAUUAUCGAUUUGGAAGUUUUUAUAAGAGGAAAAAUUGUACUAAAGAACCAUGCUGACCCAAUAAAUGUGGAGCUAAGCAGUUUAGUUAUAAAUAACCGCUACCUUUUUUUCUUGAGACAUUGUUAGCGAAAUUUGCAUUGAAUUUUUUUAGAUCUGGACGGAUUUGACGAAAACGACGAGAGCAUUUCCUACGAACUGACGACCAGCGUCGGCCGAAGUUUCAUCCUUCGCCGUCCACGUCUUCUAGCGUCUUCAGACCUUGACGUCGUUUUUUCUUGGUUCAAAGACGACAGACAGCAGGUGCUCACUUUCGAUGAAUUUCAUAUUUGAUAUCUUAUUUUUCGAAGUGUUUUGCGAACCUCCUUUUGCCGUCGUUGUCUUUUCCUGUUGGUUCCAUCGGCCUUAUUAGCUGCCAAACAAAGCUCUACCUGCUGUCCUUACUUACACACCUUCCUUUUUUCUCUCCGUCUCGCUACCCACAGCAUGUAGUCCACCUGAUUUGCUACCUCUAUGUCCAUUCUUUGACCAUCGACCCUCCAUAAUGUUUGCCAAACGGCUCAAUUUUACCACAUGGUGGGCCUAUAUGUCCCGUUCUUUCUCGCUUUGUCUCUGUGCUAGAAACCAGACGACUGGCACGACUGGAAAUUAUUGCCACAAAAGAAGAAAAUAAUAAUAACUGUUAUUAAACAGAUGAAGAAACGAAAGACAUUUUGCGAUAUUGGAAAAAAAAAUCGUCUUCAGAGUGUCACUAUAGAUCGGUCUUUUUAUCGAGUUUUAAAAAUUCAUUUUUUCUCAAAUCAGUUUCAAAGAGAACAAAAAGGUUGCGACGUUUUUUUUGGUCAUUUUGGAAUGAAAUAAAGUGAACAAUGUGAAAAGCAGGCGAUGAAGUGGCCGUGCAAAAUUUCCGCGUUUCGAAAACUUUGGCAAACAGAAUGAGUCGACGUAGUGAAGUGCUGGCUUUUCGAGAUUUUCCAAAGAAGUUAAAAAAAAACAAAAACGAAAUGAAUCAAAUAAAAAGGGUCUUUAAUUUUGUUUUUUUGCAGAUAACUUCUAGCAGUUCUCACUACAUCACACAUAACGGGGAUCUGAUCGUCACAGAAGCAAGUCGUUCCGAUUUUGGAACGUACAAGGUGUUUCUUUUUAGAUUUAUAAAUACUUUUGAGGUUCAAUCGGAGGGGCCAUAAACAUACCUUUCACAUAUUUUUUGAUUAGGUCGUGGCAUCCAGCGAGGAUCUUCCGGAGGUCGUCUCGAAAACUUAUCUCGUCACUGACAACGGAGAUGAUUACACGCCUGAAGCCUUCUCCAUCAUUUAUUUUCGACCCAAGAAGCUUUUCAUCGAAAAGUCUUCACCAAAGGAGGAAGUUUUCGACUGCGUCACUUCUACAAAGUAAUGAUUGAUUUUUUGUUUUUCGUAAAUCAUACCAAUCUAAGGGAAAAUGUUGGUCUGACGUGGUUCUUGGAUGGUAUCAUGUUGACGGGAACGGAGCCUGGAGUUUUCCUCAAAUCGGCCAAUCGCAGGCUCGUUCUCACAAAUCCAACUUCCUUCACUGCGGUUUUUCCUUUUCCUUUGCUCUCUGAAACUGAUGAUUUCCUUUAGGGCCAGCAUAAGGUUGAAUGUAAGGCACAAGCGUCAAUGGGACGAGUUCAAGACAAGAAAUUUGUCGAUUUCACUUUUAUCGGUCUUUUUCUCUUUCAAAUUUUUUUGCUGACUGUUUCUUUUUCAGGAAAGCCAGUUCUGAAAAAGCUUCCUUCGGAAAUAUCUCAACAUUUGCAUGGAGAAGUGAACGUGAAAUGUGCAGUGAAGAAAGGAAAAUUCGUUCCUGUGAAAGUCCGAUGGUUCUUCAACGGCGUUCCGGUCAGUUGAUUCAAAGUUUUAUGUUUUCUUAUAGUCUUUUGUUUUUGUCAAAUCGAUUAGAAAUUUCCAAUCGAACCGAAUAACGGAUAUUCCAUAAAUUUUCACAUCAUUAGAUACUCAUUUAUAUUAAUUUUUCAAUGUUGUUUUUUAUUCAAUUUUUUCUGAAUUUCCAGCUUUUAUGAUUUUUUUUUCUUCAAGUUUAUACAGCUUUGAGCUGUUUUAAAUGAGUUUUUAUAGGCCAAAACUGUCCUAAUUGUAUUUUGCAAGCUCAGAAAACAAUUUUGAGUCCAAAAACAAAAACAAAAACGCUUCUUUUUUUUUACAUGUAGAAUUGCGCAAAUCUCUGCUGACGAUACGAACAAGCCUGGAUUAAUUUGGCAGCUCACACGAUACAUUUAUCCGCGAUUUACCAACUUUGUUCUACUUUUUUCGGGGGUUAACAAGCCGGAUUUAAUUUCCUUGCGAAGGCCUUUUGUCCGUGACCUCAUACAGCCGCGGCUCGUGCAGUCCCGUCGUCUUUUUGCAUAAAUCGAUGUCGAGGAUUCCUUGAGUUUUUGGGCGCGUGGUCAUCGGGAGACAGGUAAAGAUAAUGACACUCAAGGGCCGCGCUUCGGAUUAUCCGCGCACUCAGCUGAGGGACCUACUUUCUCUUUCGUAUCCUCGCCGCGUACCUGUCAAAAUGGUUGUGACAGGCGAUCGUCGGGUGCAAGUCAAACACCGUCGCUUUAUAUUCGGCGAUUCAUUUAUAAAUGAACAUUUUUCGUCAAGAAAAAACAAAUUAAUUUGAGUCGUAUUUUUUGAACUCUAAAGUUUAAGUGAACUCAACGUUGAGGCAGCUCAAGAAAGGGAAAUAAUUUGGAUUUUUGCCCCAUUUGGAAAACUCCUAUUAAACCAAAAGGAAGUUUGAGGUUUUCUUUUUUGUUCAUUUUUACCCUUUUUUUCGAGAAAAUUAUUUUAUUAACGUGAGAACAAUUUUCAGAAUAAUGAAUUCCAAAAAGAAAAGAAGAAUGUGAGGAGUUUUGAAGAAAAUCUCGACCUUAACCGGACACAAGAAAUAGUCGGAUCGGAGUGUUUUCACAAAAUUUUCAAAAAAAGUUUACUCAACUUGAAUUGUUGAAAAAUGUUGCCUUUUCAAUGAACUCAAGAUUUUUUUCACUCAAUAAUGUUAGCUUCCAUUAAUUUUUGCAAAAACUUGUGUUCUGAAGCUUCAAAUUGCCUUAUUCGCUCAAAUUAUCGGUUAGCGAUUGUCCGCAAGUGCGAUACAUCCUGCGACGAAGAAGACGAGGCUGCCGAUUCAAGAACUUACCGCCUUCUUUUUUCGAGAUGUACGAAAACAUGUUGCUGAAAGCAGUCGAAAAGACGAAAAUCUAUGACGAUCUGCUUGAUGGGGGCGAAAUUGGCGACGAGGAGAGACGAAAUAGAAUUAUGUUUGAAAUGCCUUUAAUUGGCUGGUUUCAAAGAUUUUCUUUGUGCAGAAACAUCUCUUGUAUCGGAUAUCUGUCAUAAUUUAAUUAAAAAACAAAAAAAAUUGCUGUGAAUAACUAUUGGGAAGUGAUUUUUAGAUGAGAAUGGAACAAGAUCGCCUGGCCAUCAAAGACAUUCAAAACAGCGACUUCGGCUUGUACCAGUGCGAGGUUUCGAACGAAGCCGGCUCUGCGAUGGGCGAUGUCUGGUUGAAAGAAGGAGAUCAUGUUCCAGGUUAAUCCAUUACUUAUACUAUACCCAGUGUUGAAGGAAAAUCCUGAUUUUUAAAUUUUUUGCUUCGAAGUUCGCUUAACAAUGAUAUUAGACAAAAAGCUUUCAAAUGCAGUUAUUUGCAAAAUUUACCAGGGUUUUUUUCUUCCUGUGCAGUUUUUUUUUGAAAACAAUUCUGUUAAUUUCCGAGUCCUAAAUGUCAAUUCAAAUUUGCCUUCUUCAUUUGGGAUUUUGUUAGCUUGCUGAAAAUGCAUAAUUUUUUCAGUUUUAUCGUCGAUCGACGAAGAAGUUGCGGCAGAAAAUCGUGUACUUUUCUCUGCGCCAGUUCCUUCGGACCUUCAGCAUCCCUCAGGGAGCGAAGGACCGUUUUUCAUCAGAAAACCAGAUGAUGUUACGGUUUCCUCGGCAACUGAAAACGUCACAUUGGAAUGCUCCGCUUCUGGCGUUCCUCCUCUAACGGUCGCCUGGUCUCUAAACGGUAGGGUUCUUCGUUUAGUAUUUUAAAAAGCUUUCAUUCAAAUGCUUUUACUUUUGUGUCUUUUCAAAGUCCUGAUCAUAAUUAUGAAUAACUUUUGAGAAGAAGAAGAACUAUGCUUUCAUUUUCCCUCAUAUUGACUUUUUGAAGGGAACGGACUGGUCUCGGAUGGCGUCAAGUAUGAAAUUUCGCCGUCUGGUCUCACGAUUUACGACUUGCGUUCGACGGACGACGGCGAGUACAUCUGCGAGGCAAAAAACUCGCUUGGCGUCGUCAGUGCGGCCGCGACUCUUCGCGUUUCCGGUUGGGAUUCGCGUCUUCAUAAUUUUAUUGCGGAAAAAUUUUUCGAGGAUUUAUUUUGCAGGAUUUAUUUUGCGACAAGCACAGAGGUUUUGUCUGUGAGCAAUUGUGGGAAAAUGGAGCGGCUUAUUUUCCUAGUUUGAUAGAACCGGCGAUUUUUUCUGUUGAGAAUGGGACAACGAGUAUUUAAUGAAAACUAAUUUGCGCGAAGCUAUCAUUUUUAAUUUAUUACCACACAUUCAUAUAUUCGCAAUCAUGUGAUACUUGAUUCUAAGGAUGCUAAAAUCUUGGCAAGAUCACUGCGAUUCUAGAGAAGGCGACUUGGAGAAAUUAUCAGCAAAAUCACUCUGCCCAGAAAUUAUGAAGACUAAAAUGAUUAUGACUAAACUAAACGAUUCGCUCCAAGUUCCAGACAAGAACCUGAUAGAAUAUGGUCCUGCGGAUCAGAAAAGUCUUAUUGGGACGAAUGUCGAGUUUUCCUGCAAAGUCAACGACCAGUAUGCACGGCGCGCACAGCUCGACUGGUUUCUGAAUGUGAGGAAAAGUGUGUCGAGAACCUCACCGAGUACGCGUUCCAGGACGAAAAACUUCAGCAGAACGGGAAUCCCGCUUUGAGAAUUUCGAGGAAUCGAAAAGGAAGUUUGAUCAUUCGCCAAGUUGGACCCGACAACAUUGGCGAGUACCAGUGUGUGGUAGCCGCUGAUGGACGUUCAGAGUCCGCCAGCGCAACUCUCCGAAUCAUAGGUUCGUCUUCAGUUUAUCUGUUUGGCGUAGCUUCCCCAAACCCCUUGGUCUUUUGGAGUUUUCUGCAAAAAAUCUUUUUCUUUAUUGAUACAGCUUCCGAAUGCUGAUACUGAAUGCUGAAAAAGUGCUGAAUGCUGAAAAAGUGCUGAAUGCUGAAAAAUGCUGAAAAAGCAGCGUGAAAAAUAAGAAAAACUUUUGAGAUGAGCAAGCUUGAAAAUUGGUGUUAAAGUUUUCAAAAUGCUUCGCUUCUGCAAUAAUUUCGAAUUUCAGAACCAAAUUUUAUCAUACAUAGAAACAAAACCCAUUGAAAAUGUUCGAUCUAAACAGUGUUUUGAAAGAAGUUUUUUCAGAGAAGCCAGCGAUGCCUGUACGCGUUCGCGCCGAACUGCACAAUGAGACGACGCCAGCCAAAGUCCGAGUUCUGUGGUCUGAAGGGUUCGACGGCAACGAGCCCAUCAUAAAGUUUGUAAAUUAAAGCGAUUUGCAACUUCUUUCUUCUCAGACACGCUAUCGAAAUGCGCACAAUCGGACCAACAAGCCUUUGGAGUGAUUGGUUCAUCGUCGUCGACAACAUUCCGAGAGAGGUUACCAACCUUUAUCUCUUUUGAAUCGCUGAUACAGCCGUGCGAACUUGUUGAUAAAAGGGCAUGACACCAGUGUGUUUUGUCUUUUUCCUGAACAUUCCGUGUAUUUUCUUCAUUCCGUGUAUUUUCUUCAUUCCGUGUAUUUUCUUCAUUCCGUGUAUUUUCUUCACUCGAAGUGGUAGCUCUCUCAAUCGGCCGAGACUACCCUAGAGUGUACACGGCGUCCGUGCGCGAUCCCCACCAUCACCGCCGUGCCCGUACCCGCGGAACUGAGGGAUCUACUUGUGGAAGAGCGAGGAGAAGGACCGUAAGACCAUGCUUUCAAUUCAAUCGACUACACGUUUUGACUUCUUUUUCGCCAAAGGCGGUGUUAGUGCCGCUUAAAAGAGCAAUUUUUUCACCGCCUAGUCGAUUCCACCUGACUAAAACAACCAAUAAAUAUUGAUUGAUUGAUACAUGGGAUAGUCUCGGUGGGACCUGAAAAAGGGGAGGGGACUUGGCAAAAAGCGUGAAAAAAAAUGUUCAGGGUGCGCGCUGGACGGCACUAGUCUGAUCUCAUUAAAAAAAAAAUCUAAAAUUCAUGUAGAAAAAAAAAGUCCAAAAUUCGUUUUGUAAAGUUCAAUUGAUUGGCAGAACCCUUUUUUUUUUUAGUUAAAAUUGGUCGGAGUUAUACCAAACUUGGCCAAAAAAAUUAACUGGACUUUCGAGAAAUGUUCCUCGAAAUAAAAUUUGUUGAAAGAUAAUAUUACCCUUACAGUGUCUUUGUAACAUGCACUUCAAUUGCAAGCCAUACAAAAUUGAGCUUUUUUUUUUAAUUUUGCAUCCUUGCAGAAUGGUAUACUUUAGCUCAGCUUUAUCCUCAAAAAGUUUCUUUUAAUUAUAAUUCGCCUCGGUUUUCUAUACCAAAACAGCCGCCACCUUACAGGAUGGAAAACCGUGCUGCAGCGCUGAAAUAGAAGAUCUGCGACCCUCGGUUACGGCGGAGUUCCGCGUUAUCGCCUCCAAUAAACACGGCCCCGGCAAGGCUUCGCUACCAUCAAGUAGGGAUUGCCCGUCUUCUUCACGAUAUCGCUCUUUUCUGCAGGCAACAUCACGAUGCCUCAGCAGCCGCCUUCAGAAGCUCCGCGACGCGUCAAAUCGACGGCGAGUUCCGCACACAGUCUGAUUGUGCAGUGGGACGAGCCGCGCGACGACCAGUCCACUGGCGAUGUUCUCGGCUACGUUGUUAGGUGAUCAAAUCUUUCAUAAUCAUGUUUUUGAAGUUUUUGUAUUAUUUUCUCCACAGGUUUUUUUCAUGCGAGAUUUUUUAGAAGGUUCAACAUGAGGCCUCAUGAAACCGGUUCAAAGAAAAACACUAUUUUUAAAUUGUGUACGAACAAGAGUAGAAUUAUGUGAAAAAGACGAUCUCACUAAUUUUAAUUGAACUGUGAACUGAAAUAUAGAAUAAUUCUUAAACGAAGUUAUAUUUUGGUAAGUCAAAAACCAGUUUCAUAUUUUGUGAACUCUCAGUUUCUAGUGUAAAUGAAAAAUUAGUUUUUUUUUUUCAAAUGAACGAAGAAAGCUGAUUUUCAAAAUUCAAGUAAUAUAAAUUAAAUAGGAAACUCCAUUUUUAUUUUCAUACGGUCUUCAAUUCGAGACAGAUACGAAUAUUAAAAGAACAAUUGAGCUGCUUCUUUCCGAGACAUAUGUUUGCUUCAGAUACCGUCUGGCUGGCUACAGCUCCUUGCCGUGGAACGAGAAAAAUAUGACGUCGAAGGAUGUCCGAAACGCGAUCAUACGCGACUUGAUUCCAUGGCGAGAGUACGAAGUCCAGGUCGCCGCCUACAACAAAAGAGGCCUCGGCGUAUUCAGCGAGAGCAUCGAAGUGUCCACCGCCGAAGCUGGUCCGACUCAUUUUCCGUUUGUUUUUAUCUCAUUUUUUGUCGCUUCAGCUCCUACGCAAGCUCCUAAAGGGCUUCGUUUUGUUGUCUUGAACUCGACGGCUAUUGAGAUCGACUUUCUCGCUCCUGAUCAGCAACGAAUUCCGGGAGUCAACUUGGGCUACAAGGUGCUCUCUGAAUGGCUUCCUCCUUUAUAAAGCAUAUGUUUUCAGUUGCAAUUCUGGAAAGGUGAGGCUGGGAAAACAUCGUCUGCAUACAAGGAACUGCGGCUGGAACCGAAUCGAAAAGAGCUUCACGUGGUGGUGGACGACCUGGAGAAGUUUGGACACUACAACCUCACUGUGCUUUGCUACACGAAGGCUGGUGACGGUCCGAGGAGCCGUUCAGUGGAAGUCGUGACGGAAGAAGACGUCCCAGGACCUGUCGAUGACCUCAACGUCGUCGAAGUCAUGUACAACGGCGGUGUCGUCGCCUGGAGUCCGCCUUUGCAUCCAAAUGGCGUCGUUACGAAAUACACGGUUUGUGGCUCGAUACGGAGUACAUUGUAUGGCCUAGAAGGAGAAUUUUUUUGAGAUCCUUAAGGAGAAAGGUUAUCCUAAAAAAAGCGAAUAAGAAGUUACCUAUUUUAUAGCCUUUCAAAAAGUAAGCAGCUGUUUUUAUUACACCAUUUAUUUUCUGUAUAUUUUUAAUUUUUAAAUUAACCACUAGAUUAGUUGGAUGAAAUAUGACUCCAAGGAAUACUUCAGAUUUUAAAAUCUGGAAUGGUCAGCUCAUUCUCCGGAGUUUCAGAUUCGUCACUGGAUGGCGUCGAUGCCAGAGGCCAAGACGAAACUAGAAAUCGACGGGAGUCAAACGAACAUCACGAUCGACAGUCUGCAGCCGUCGACGCAGUACCGCGUCGACGUGAUGGCUUCGACGAGAAAAGGCGACGGUCCGAUCGAAGAGACCAAAUUCGAAUCUGGAGUACCUCCAGGUACCAUCAUUCUCGGAACCCCCGUUCACCUUGUCUUUUUCUCGCAGAACUUCCUGGUCGUCCCAACUCCUUGUCCGUGGCCGACGUCACGGCGCGUUCUGCCGUCCUUCACUUCUCUCCAGGCUUUGAUGGCCACACUGCCGUCAGACAAUGGAUUGUCGAGGCGAAAGUCGCUGAUGGCAGUGUCUAUCAACACAUUUUCAACAUUAGGUGAGGUUCUUUAAAUUCUUACCAAGCUUUUAAUUCAUUCGUCAAAUCUGGAAAUGAUUCAACUAUUUUUUACCUAUCGGCAAGGUCAGAGAAACAUGAAAAUAUCACUUGAAAACAAGAAAGAAGGACUAUUUGAUUUCCUAUUUAUUUUCCGCACGAUUGGUUUUCAUCUUCUUAUCGGCUUUUUCAGUGCUCCUCGAGCUCAGUCCAUUACUGUUCUUGGUCUUCGGCCCUUCACCAAGUAUCAAUUUCGCCUGAUUGCGGAAAAUGUCAAAGGUAGAGGGGCACCUAGCGAACCAAGCCGAACUUUCGAGGUGGGUCGUGAUUUUUUUUUUUACAGAAAAUUAUGUUUCACUCCGAAUUCGUAAGGUGAAACUGAGAAAAUGUUUUGAGACUCUGCAAACGAAUCCUGAGUCGCCAAGCGCGCGUCUAUUCGCGGAACCCAUCUCCGCAACUUCCAUCUCUGUUUUUUGGACGCCUCUGAUAGCGUCGCAGUGGAAUGGCCAGCCCAAAGGCUACCUCAUACUGUACCGAGAAGUUGGCGACGAAGACUGGGUGAAUUUCAUCGUCUCAAUUUUUAUCCAUUUUUUUUUUGUAGAGAGAAGUUCGUACUUCGACGUUGAGAGCCAGUGAGUAUACGCUUUCAGACUUGCGUCCCUUCUCCUUGUAUGAACUGGACGUGUUUGCGGAGAACUUCUUCGGACGCAGCGAGUCUUCUGAAGCCGUGCAGGCCAGGUUGAGACUUUUUCGGACGAGAAAUCUCAUCGGAGAGUGUAGAACAUUUGAGAGCGCGCCGUCUGGAUCUCCACGGAAUGUUAGGGCGGAAAGCGAUUCUCCUCGAUCGGCGCUCGUUCGUUGGGAUACGGUAGCGGAUAUAUCGACUAACGGAGAAGUGUUAGGCUACAAAGUGGGCAAACUGAACAUAGUUUCGUCAGUAAUCCACCUUCAGGUCCGAAUCGUUCCUGAGAAGAGCGCCUCACUCGAUGAGGACAUCAAGAUUGUCGACGUAGCCGGUGCGGCCACGCUUACAACGAAGGUCAAUCUUUCCCCUCACGAAAAAGAGUAGAGAAUAACAAAUUUCUGGCGAAACAAGGUGAAAAAUCGGUAGUUCUGUUCUUGCUCAAACUCGAGAUAUUCAUAGUGAAACAAUUAUAAGAAUCCCUAUAGAAUCUUUUUCAUCUCACAUAUACUUUCAAAUUUAAAAAAACAAGGGGGGUUUGAAUAUUUUUUUCAAAAGGACUCUCUUUGGCUUUUUGUGGAGAAUUCAUUCCGAGUAGGGAAGAUGAAAAUAUAAUUUUUCAAAAUUGAAAAAAAGCUGGAUAAGUUAAUUAAAUUCAAUAUACUUAUGGAAAUGUCAACCCAUAAUGUUUCUAUUCAUUUUUUUCAGAUCUCGAACCUCCGUCCAUUUACUUCCUACCAAGUCUUCGUCUCUGCGUAUACCAUCUUUGGUCAUGGACCCGAGAACUCCUCGCCGACCACUUUUGAAACGGGUUCUGACGGUAGUUGUCCAUCUUUUGCAGCUCGUUCAGUUUCUUUUCCAGUUCCGUCAGCUCCCGAAGGCUUCCAGUGUUCCUUCAUAAGCGAGAACGAGGUCCGUCUCAAAUGGCUCCCUCCAUCGACGCCGAGCGGCCCAAUCAAAGUUGGUGUUGCUUCGUGACGAUUGACCUUUUUUGAUCAGAGUUAUGUGAUUUCCUACUGGAAAUCUGUGGAUUCGCGCUCUAUGGCUAUCGAUGCGCCGCUUCUUGGAAACCUUUUGAUGUUUUCGGCGACCAGUGAGUUUCCACGAUUUCUACUCAUGAGAGCCCUCACAAUCAGACCUUCUACCCAACACACAGUACACGUUCGCCAUCAGGGCGGUGAAUGAGAAAGGCGAAAGUGAAGAGACGGCAGCAGAUGUCGUCACCACUUCUACACGAGGUUUGUCCUGACAAAUAUAUAAAAGCUGUUUUUUUAAAGUUCCUGUCAGAAAUCCGCCGAUGCCGCUUCGUGACGAACAGUUGCCGCACUCUUCGGAAGCCAUCGCGGUUCGCUGGGACGAGAGUAAUGUGGGGGACGACGUCGAGGCUCCCGUUCGCCUAGUGCAGGUUUCCGUUUUGAGUUACAGUUCAAGCUAAGGUCAUCUUCAGGUGUCGUACCAAAAAACGAACGACGAGUGGGUUACGGUAUCCAAGAAGUUUAGCUUCAAUCGCCGCAAAACUGUCAUUAAACGGUACGUCGCUCACCGAUUUUUUAAUGCGCAGAAAUACCCAUCCUGUUCGUUUGGUAAGACUAUUCCUGACUAGUGAGGUUUUUUUAAGAGCACCCUCAUCACAGCCAAAAAACGUCUUUAUUUUUACUUUGGACCAGAGUUAUGGCCUGCCGUCAACAUGUAUUUUAUCGUGCGAAUAUUUUUAGUCCACUGCACUCAAUAUUUUAGAGCGCCAUAACACGGCUCGAAGGAAAAAGUUGUGAAAUUUUUUUCUCAUGACCACGGCGCUCAAAAAAUUUCAGCAAUUUUUUUUUGAAAUCCAUAAGCUGAUACUUUUUUCCUCAAUUGAAGAUUACGAUGUUUUGACCUCCUGACCGUCUGUAACAACUCGAAGACUGAAGGAAAAAUUCACUUCAGAGGGCUGAAAUCUAACAUUUUCUAGUGAUUAGAAGAGAGCAGUUGUAAUGUGCUAAAAAUAGAAAUCACAGAGCUAUGAAAAGAGUAUCAACUGCCUUUAAAAAAAAAAGAUUUCCUGUUGUAUUGCACAUUAUCACCUAGUACUUUCUCUAUAGACCCCAUGGAGUGGGCGGAGCCUCACAAUAGGGUGUCUUCUUAACUACCGAGGUUGUGCAGGACCUUUACCACGAAUAUGGAUUUGAGAAAAAAAAAAAUUAAAGUUGUACUCCAUAAUCGAGCUCUGUUCAUUUUCUCAGAAGAGACGUGCUAUAUAUUAUGAUUCAUCAUUUUUUCGGAGAGUGAAAUGGUUAGCAGAGCGUUCUCCUCAACCAGGUUUUUCAGACUUAUGCCCAACACGCGAUAUCGCUUCCGGAUCCGCUACUCGGGCGACUUCCUGGAGUCAAGCUGGUCGGCAGAGUCGGACUGGAUGCAGACGAUGCCGGCCGCCCCGCUGGGCUCGCCCAUCUCUCUGCAGGCGACUCCGUUCGACUCGACCAGCGUCCAGCUGCAGUGGAUCGUGCCCCACAAGACGACGUGGAACGCCGACGCCAUCGGCUACCGCGUCUUCUACCGCAUUUAUCCCUCUAACGACACCUGGCAACUCGAAGAGAUCCCGCCCAGCGCCGAAAGACCAGAUGAAGAACACAAGAUCUUACACUCGCUGAUCAGGUCUGUAUCUGAUUCGAAUAAUUGUAGUCGUAUAAUUAAUCAUACUUUUUAUUUGAAAAACUUUGAAUUCCCCUAGUUUAACUCCUGUAAAAAAAGGUUAGGUUAGUGCUUUUCAAUUGGAUUUCCUUUGUGAAAAAAAAACUGUUUUUCUUAAUCUUUAAGAAGUUUUUUGGUUUUCCUAAAAACUGACAAGGAAAGUGUUUUUGGUGGCCGGUUUAACUUUUGAUGAAACUUUGCUGAAAGGUACUAUAAGACCUCCUCUUUCCAGAACACGAAUAAAAUUUCUCGCAAUAGAUCUCGUUUUCGAGUUAUGAAGCUUCAAAGUUUGCACGCUGAAUGAGUGCUGCAAGGCAAGAGGGAAUGUGGCUCGCGUACAAUCCCUCUACUCCAGUUGGCAGCGUUGUGUAAUGGCUAGUAAAAAUUUUCUCCCCAAAAAAGGGACUAUUAAGUUAAUAAUCAUUAUUAUAAGCGGAAGAAAGCUUUUUGAUCGGUAUACCAAAACAAAAUGGAAAAAUAUGUUAUUUCGGAGAAAAAAUUUUGAUUGAUUUUAAAAAUGUCGAUAAAUUCCUCCUAGGAAAGUUUUGGCAAAAAUGAAUUUCUUCAAAAAGUUUCGAACCCCGGUCAUAGACACCACGGUGCAAGGACGCUAGCCAUUACACCACGCUGCCAACCGGAGUUGUUUUUUUUUUUUGGCUUCACUCAUAGCUCUUGCCGUUCGAUUUUUCGUUUUUUUUUUUUUGAUUCAUAUUUUUUCUGGAGUAUACAGAAACAGAUUCAUUCCGCGCCUAGAAUGUUCCUUGCUACAGAAAAAAAAAGUGUGCACAGAUAGAAAUAGAUAACUUAGUGUUGUAAGAUCAGCUCAAGUUUUCUAACUUUUUUUUAUUGCAAAAAACAGAUCAUGAUAACUGCAUUAUACUGAAAAGUAGAAUUUAAAAGGAGACGGUCUGAGUUUCAGUUUUCGACACUACAUCAUAAGAAUGCGAGCUUUCAACGCUGAAGGCGACGGACCUUUUUCAAAUCCAGCCAUCGUCUACGUCGGCUAUUCGAUUCCCAAAAAGUGUUCUUAUUUUAUGUAAAUUUCACACAAUCGACUUCCUCUCCCAGAAACAUUAGCAACUUGGUAGCUGAGCCAUUGUCAUCAACGUCAGUUUCUGUGCGCUGGGAUCCUUGGAAAAACGAAGACAACGAAGCGACUACCUCUUUCAAGGUAAUUUUUUUUUUCCUGAAAGUCGCAGAACUCCGUUUCUGUUUUGUAAAAAUUCGGGUGGACCAAAAAGUUUGGAAAGCAAAGGAAUGUGAAUGGGAUUCAGGUGCGAUAUGUGCCAGUAACUUCUGUGCUAUCGCCGAUGAGUGGAGAAGAAGAAAUGAUGAUCGUCGACACGAAUAACUGUACCUUGAAAGAUCUCCGAAAAUUCAUGGAUUAUCAAGUUUUUGUCUCUUUCUGAAUUUUUUCUUCAUUUCCUGAUAUCAGAUCUCGGUUUCGCCAUACAACCGCGCUGGAGAAGGAAACAUGGCUCAACUGAGGACGAAGACGCUUGAAGACGUUCCGGGCCGCGUGGGACAGCUCAAGUUCGCAGAUGUUCUCUUAGACUCGGUAGAGUUUCUGCGUCAGAUACUCGGAAAUUUCGUUUACUCCUUAAAGGUGCGGGUAACUUGGGACGUUCCAUCUCAACCGAACGGAAACGUAUCCGGCUACUUGGUCAACUACAAAGGCUUCCGACUCCAGGAGGAGCUCAAGAACGAGGAUCAAAAACGGACGACUAAGAACUCUUUUCAUGCAACGGGACUCACCGAAGGCUUGACUUACCACUUUGUCGUCUGGGCCGAAACGGCGGCCGGUCGAGGCGAUGAACGCACCGGCAACGUGACCAUCGGCCCGAGCUCGGAAGGACCUCAGGCGCCGUCGCGACCUGUCGUCAUAUCUGGACAGACGUCGGUGGCUCUUCAGUGGAAGGACAUGCCGGACGAAGACGUCACUGGCCACUUGCUGCAGGCAAAACGCGUCUCCGCUGCCGUUCGUUUUAUUUUUCUUCCCUAUUUUCAUAAGUUUUAAUUUACCAACUUUUUUCAAUAGUUGUGUUUGCGAAAUGCACAAAUUAUGAGGAAAAGCGCUAUUUCCAGCUUUUAAAACAACUUAACUCGAAAACCAGACCUAUUGAGAGAAAUUUAAUAAUCGUCCCCUAGUCGUCUUUUUUUCUCUACUAGCUCUAUGGUAACACAGCUCAAAAAAAUUGAAUUAAAUUUUUUUGAAAAUAGCAGCUGAUAUAGUAAUGAGAUUUUCAGGGGAAUAAAACAAAAAAAUUGUGAAUGAAAAUUUGGAAGUUUAUUCGGUGCUUUAUAUAAUAUAAUUCGAAAUCUUUUUAUUUUUCUUGUGCCUCUAUACCAUGGAAGUGAAGAACUCACUGAGUCCGAGGCGAGGAAUUGACGCACAAAAAACUUUAAAACUAAAGUUCGAAAUAAGUUUUAACCCCAGGGAGGUAGUAUUGAGAGAAAUAAAAGUAAUUUUUACCAUCGGGAGGUAUUAAUGACUUUAAUUUAUCAAAACUCGGGAGAAUGGUCGGCGGCUUGAAAAAUGGUCUGCCCAUAAGUGCUAUAUUCUUAUUUUGAUUCUAUUUUUCAACUUUAAUGAAUAAAAAAUUCAGGAAUCGGCGCAAGGAUACAUCUCUCAAAGGCCGAAAAGAAGCUUCAUUUUCGCCGCAGAGGCUCUGCCGCAGAAACAGAGACCGACGCACACGAUCGGCGAAUGGGUGACUCUCAGGAUCCUCGACGACGAAAAGGACCGCGAACACAUCAGCUACAAGGAGCUCCAGCCUUCGAGCUUCUACGUUUUCCGCGUUUUUGCGCGCAACAAUCGAGGCGUCGGAUUUGCCAGCGCUGAAUCUGAACAAUUGUUUGUGCCCGAAUCGAUUCCCGAAGAUCCGUUCUACACGUCGUGGUGGUUCAUGUCUAUUGUUGCCAUGGGCAUAUUCGUCUGCAUAGUCGUGCUCAUCGCGUUGCUCUGCAUUACCGGUAGGUUUCGUGAAGAAGCAGAUUAACUUUGUCCCUUUUCAGAUCAAUUUAUCCGUUUUCCUUACGUUUCCAUCACUUUUUUUUGUUUCUAAAAGUAAUAUGGACAGUGCGAGAUUAGUUAUAUCCAGAUACGCGGUGUUUUUUUUUUCUUCUGAAAUUACUGAUCUUCCAUUCAGACUAAAAAAAAAGGAAAAUUUUUUUUUAUGCUCACGGAAAUGAUGUUUUAUUUUCGCGUAUAGUUGCCAUUACCAUGAUAUUUUCCAAAUAUCGUUGAUAGAAUCUAUUCCGCGUAGUAGAUAUAUGUGCAGAUAGCGACGGAGAAUUUUUCGAAAGAAACUAUCCGAUAUCAUCAUAUACACUGCGUUCAAUAAGGAUAGGACCCCCCUCGAUUUCGGACCUUCUGGCAAAAUACGGAAAGAGAUCAAAAAUCUGUAAGUGCCAUUCGAUUCAAAGUGCAAAAUAACCCCCAGAGCCAAACUUUCAUUAUCCUAGCACCUUUCCUACAAAAAUGCCAUCGAAAAAACGGUUUUUCGACCGUUCAAUAAGGAUAGGACCACCUGGAAAUUUUGACUUUCAUUGGUAGUUUUUUGUCAAUUCUCUUUUUGAUGAGUGGUUUUUUUGUUCUCAUAUCAUUUUUUAUCAAGUUUUCUACGGUUUUCCUUUCAUAUCUUUCAGGUUUGAAAAAUAUUUUAUAUCGAAAAUAGGGAAAAAUGACGUUUUUUUAGGUUGCAUCAUAAUAAUCGAGCGAAUGAAUUUUUCCAGUACUUUGAAUGAACUUAUCCUAUCAGAAGAGACAUUUUAACAUUUGGAAAAACAAAAAGGAGUUCGAAAAACAUUCGUUUAAAAGUUAGAAAACCAGUUACAAGAUGGUGUAUCGUGACCAAAUUUCAGACUGUCGUCGUUUUCGACCGUUUCUCUUUCUGUAUGUAGUCGGAAUGGCGGUGAACUUUUUUUAAAAGAUUUGUGAAGGUACUAUAAACAUAUUUCAUCAACAAGAUAAUCUAAAAAAAUUAUAUUUACCACGUACAAUGCCGAGAAAAUGUGGAGAGAAAUUGGUACCCGCGCUCAUCGAAGGUAUUGUUUCAAAUAGAGCGUUUGGCGGGUUUUUAGUUAGUCAACUAAAUAAAACAAAAAAAUGAAAACGUGCAAUAAAAACAAUUUUUCAUUAGAAAUAAAACUUUUUUUAUGAUUUAUUUAUACAGUACCGCAAAAAGUUCGAGUAGCAGUCGGAAGGGCGUAUAUUUCUUUGAUUUCCGAGGAUCGUCAUUUUUUAUCCAAUCCAACUAAGUGUUAUUUUGUGGCUGGAGCACCUUCACAAAUCUUUAAAAAAAGUUCACCGCCAUUCCGACUACAUACAGAAAGAGAAACGGUCGAAAACGACGACAGUCUGAAAUUUGGUCACGAUACACCAUCUUGUAACUGGUUUUCUAACUUUUAAACGAAUGUUUUUCGAACUCCUUUUUGUUUUUCCAAAUGUUAAAAUGUCUCUUCUGAUAGGAUAAGUUCAUUCAAAGUACUGGAAAAAUUCAUUCGCUCGACUAUUAUGAUGCAACCUAAAAAAAACGUCAUUUUUCCCUAUUUUCGAUAUAAAAUAUUUUUCAAACCUGGAAGAUAUGAAAGAAAAACCGUAGAAAACUUGAUAAAAAAUGAUAUGAGAACAAAAAAACCCUUCAUCAAAAAGAGAAAUUGACAAAAAACUACCAAUGAAAGUCAAAAUUUCCAGGUGGUCCUAUCCUUAUUGAACGGUCGAAAAACCGUUUUUUCGAUGGCAUUUUUGUAGGAAAGGUGCUAGGAUAAUGAAAGUUUGGCUCUGGGGGUUAUUUUGCACUUUGAAUCGAAUGGUACUUACAGAUUUUUGGUCUCGUUCCGUAUUUUGGCAGAAGGUCCGAAAUCGAGGGGGUCCUAUCCUUAUUGAACGCAGUGUAUAAUGAAAAAUGGAGAUUAAAAUCAAAACAAAAAAUAAUAAUAAUAACUUUAGGAUCUGCUUCAAAGUAUCGUAGAGAGAAGCGUGCCCGUUCAGUGGACAGCCUUCAUCUAGCAGACGGCAACUUCCCAUCAUUCCAGCUGAAAGGAGACCCUUCGAACAUGACUAGAAGCAGGUCAGUUCUUUUCAUUCGCUUUCAAGCUGAUAGAAGAUCGUUCAUUUGUUUGUAGAGAGCUUCCCACGAGACCUGGCACAACGCAAUCUUGGCUCUCGGAUCGCGAGCCACCCGCUUACGGUAGCGUUCUCAGCGACCGAGAUCACGGCUCUCAGAACGUCGUCAACAUGUACGGCUUGGCUACAGAUGUCAUUCCGGCGCUCCCCAAUGCAGAAGCUAUGCAACGGUUGGUCGCCUCUGAGGAAUCGAGUUCCAAUUUGGAAAUCUCUCAGAUUAUCUGCGCUAGUCGGCAGGGACGUGGGCGGCGGUAGUGGCUACGUCUCCUCGGCCCGUGGUUCAGAUCGAGGUCACGGCGACUACCUCACUCGUUCAGAUUACGCGACGAGGCAAGUCAUACGGCAUACGAAUGAAAUUGAGAAAGAUCCAGAGUUUGUUAAGCCUUUGAGUCUAAAAUUCAGCGCUUCGCAGUUUUUAUUUUAUUGAAAAGUAUUCAAAAUUCAAAUUUAUCGAAUUAUAGAUCAGACUACGGUCGUGUUGAAUACAUGAAAAGAACGCCGAGGCCGCCGCCGCUGCAUCAAGAAGAGUUCAACGAUUCCUUCGACGACGAAGACGAAGAGAGUGUCUGCGGAAGCACGAUUCGCGGAGAUGUUCCUCGACGACUCUCCGACCCCGAAAGAACCGACGACGCCAUCCGUCACUACAGCACGGCUGAAGAAUGCCAGAACACGUGGCGACGCGUUCGUGAGACCGAUUCCGCACGUGCUUCUGUCUUGCCGCCGUCGACGUCAGGUCGCGCUUCUUCUGUCGACAGCAGCGAUUCAAGUGCCUGGCCCACUCAUCCAGCUCCUAAUCUCGCCAACGGCUUCUCAUCCUUUGUCUAG